UUUUGGUUCCGAUUGGCUGGCUGAUGGUAAGUACCUUUUUCCUUUUUUUUUUUUUUGUCGUUUGCUUGUCAUCCAUCAUCCUCCGGCGAUGCCUGCCUUAUGCUGUCUCCAUGGUUUCUCCUCUGGUUUGCUUGCCAUUCCCAUCAUGGUUUCUCUUGGUCGCAAGUCCUUGGUCCCCGGUGAACUUCCUGUGGCUUGCUUUAAUAUAGCUAUUGUAUCAUAAAUUGUAGUCUGUCACGUUUGUAAAUAAAAUACUUUCCUUUUCACCUUCACAACGUUAUCAUAAUAUCAAUAAAACCUUAUCUUAAACCGCCCCG